GUUCCUGUUCUGCAUUCAAGGCAGUCAACAGGACUCUAGUUCACAUCGCCCCUCUAAAUUGGAUGCGUAACCUGUAAGGUGACGAUAUUUUCUUGAAAGCGAGACUUCCUCUCAGCUGAAGGUUAACCAUCACCAUGGCAACGUGUCAGACAAGGCUGUCCCACCUGGUUGUCAUGCUCUCUGUGGUAACCAUGGUGAUGACUGCGCCACAAGGGAAGCUAAGCCUGGAAGCUGUGCUGUCGUUUGCUGCUAACAACACCUUUACCUGGCAAAAUUGUGGUGACCCUGUGACACAAAGCUUCAACGCCACAAUGGAGCCGAAUCCGCCGGUGAGAGGACAGAAUUUUCAAGUCGGCAUUACGUUUGUACCAGAUGCUGAUCUGACGAGCGGGAAAGUUGACGUGGACUUUUGGCACAACUAUCGACCUUCGUUCGCCAUUCCCUACCCCAUCUGUAAGAAAGGCAUCACAGAAGAACACUGUCCUAUGAAGAAAGGAGUCCCGGAGACCAUAAAGAGUAGACCGCAGGUGUUUCCGAUGCACAUCGAACCGGGCCACUAUAACGCCACCGCCACUCUCGUGAACCAGGCCGGCCAUCAGAUGCUGUGCCUCACGAUGGAGGGAGACCUGAAGUAGGGAGAGAAGCCUGAGAGACGACGGCCUCUGCACGAUAAUACAUACAGUCUAAUGUGCCUAAUAAAACAGACUGUUAAGAAAAGUCAACGUGAAAAUGUAUACGCUUGACACUAUGGACUGAAAUAUAUGUAUAUAUAAUUUACUACUAUAAUCGGUAUUACGUGGUUUAUGCUUUCAAUGUCAGAAAUUUUCCAGUCAAACUUCUUGAUAUUUUGAGUGUAAUUUAGAGACUCAAAUGAUGUCGCAAAGACUCGGCUGACGUCACCAAAUAAGACUAGAGAAACUGAAAUGAAAUCGAAAAGAGUGUCGUUCAUGAUUGUGUUGUUCACAAACGUGUUGGUCUUUCAAGAAUUUUUUUUCACAUUGUGUACCCAAAGCCUUUAUACUGCUUAAAAUCAAUUCCUCUUCACAAAUAGUGGACAAAUUGUCUCCCUCUUCAGUUAUUCUUUAACAUAUCACAAGUUACUGAAUUGGCGUUGCCUUAGCAUGUAGAAUUAUUUCCCGUUGUAACAAAAUUAGCACCUCAACCAAUGAUGACAUAGCAAUUAGAGAUUCGACCAAUGAGAGAGUGACUGUAUGUCUGUGCUGUAUAUUUGCAUUUGUACGUUUUGACGGAGGUGGGCGUGGCUAUGGAUUGGUGAGAGGCUAGCAGCUGUUACCGUGGACAGACCCAUAACUUCCUCUGUAGUCAGACUGAACAAAAGAGCUGCGCAGGUGUGUGUUAGCAGGGGACCAACCGUUGUUGCUGCCCAGUGGAGUUUUCUGUACUUCAUCCUACACGUACCUUUUCUUUCCCAAGAUCAGGUCCUAAGAUUUCGACCGGUUAUUUGAGGGGCAGAAGAUCUUUAACGGGAGGAAAAGACAAGAAAGCCUCCGUGGGCGGC